UUUGUUUGCUCUAUUGUAACCUCUACCUUUGUGCAGAUUUCAGGUCUGAGCCAGCCAUUGGAACCACAAGAUGUGCAAUAAGUUUUGAUACUGAUAUGUUCUCAUCAACAAUCUCAGAAUUGAGUAAUGAUUUUGGUUACUUAUUAAUCAACCUGUGACCUGCCGUAUAUUUUAAUGGUGUCUGAAACUUGCAUCAAAGGCUCCUAGUUGAAUUUGGAAAACUCUGUCCUCGUGUACACCCAUGUGAAGUUGUGUGCAUAUUCAUGAUGACCCCCUUUUCCUAUAACCUGCCUGGUGGAUUCAACUUUACUGAGGAUGGAGCACUUGUGGGAUGCCUGGCUGUGGAUAUCCCGGGCUUAAAGGAUCGCUGAUGCUGUUGUCGACUGUUGCUCUCCACUGUACCUCGUUCGUUCACGGCGUCCUCCGAGUCAACAAACUGGGACCCAGCAGCAACGAUGGCAACAACUUGACGACGGCCAAUCUCCUUAACGCUGGCAUCGAGCACCUCAACAACACUUGGUUCAAUAUCGGAGUGCACUCGACUUUCUUCCUUGUCUCGCUCACCUCCAACUGGAAGAGCCUCUGGCACUCGCUGCUCCUCAUCGAGAAGAAUUUGAAAUUCAAAUCGUCGUUUUAUCGCAAGUGCCGGGAAAGCGUUUCCAUCGGCUUCGGUUGUCUCUUGCUGGAUUUUGUGACGCAUUUGUUCAUCUCUGUCCGCUCGUCUUACUGGGAUUUGGGCGUCAUGAGAUCACUGGCCGUCGUCCUGGCCAAUUUCUCCAGGAUGACCAUCAUCAGCGUCUUCCUGCUCUUUUGCGUCACGGCCAGAGUCAUCACGCUCGUCUUCAAGGCCCUCAACAAGCAAAUUGCUAAUUUAACAGAAGCCGAGAAAAUUCUGCCCAUUUAUCUAUCCGCCAGGAUCCUGAAUCUCCGGUUGGAGAAGUGGCGUAGGAACCACACUUUAGCCUGCGAACUGGUCGACAUGGCCAACAAAUGUUUCGGACUAGUCAUGCUCGUCACCAUCAUUAAUGUUUUCGUUAGUUUCGUGACAACUUCGUUCGAGAUCGUCAGCUCAAUGGGCAAUCACGAAUCACUGCCAUUUUCGCUCCUGCUCAUUUUUGUCAACAAAUCGAUCCUGCUGGCCAUCGUCUUUUUCGAAUCCUAUCGGUUGCAAUCUGAGGCUGGCCGGACUGCAGCCUCUCUGCGGAAGCUCCACCCAUUAACUGCCGAUCUCUUCACUCAAAUCAAAGUGAAUACGGUCGUGAUGGAAGUCACGCACGCCAGCCCCAAGAUUGCUGCCAUGGAAUUUUUCGACGUCAACAUCAGACUCUUGCCGACGCUGAUUGGAAGUACCCUGACAUACGUGGCCAUUCUUCACCAAGUUGCGGCACACUCCAAAUAAUUCAAUGUCAAAACCUUUUUUUUUUUUAGAUUUUCUUAUUUGAUUUUCUUCUUUAGUCGCCCCAUUCACGUAACCGGAUGUCUAGCCGAGUACAAAACACGCUGAAGUUUCAGUUUCUAAUAUUAUAGAAAAAAGACAACCGUAAAAGCUGCCAUGAGAUGAGCCUUUGUCAGAUAGAAACGUCAAUAUAAGUUAAAAUUAUUUCAAACGAAUCAAAAAUUCCCGCCGUUCUAUUCUAGAUUUAAAAAAACAAAAUUGACGCGCGAAAUUUCAAAUAGUUUGGAGUGCUGGGUUGUAUUAGAUAUCUUAAAAGAGUUAUUUUCUCAAGUCAAUUAUGUGGCGCAAUCAAUAACGUUUCCACUUUUUUUAAUAGCUCAACGUCAACUAGACCGUGGCCG